UAUCCUAAGCAAAAGCCGAGAAAAAACAUCACCGCCGAUAAAACUUUCCGGCGUUCCUGGAAAGAGUCGAGAAAACCUUUGAGUUUCGGCGGGAAAGAGAAGAGAUUGAAUCCGUUUUUGAUAGAGUGCACCGAUCAAUGGUAUUUCGCGGUGAGAUGACGACGACGACUGCGAGACCGGAGCGACCCAAGACCCUCCAUAACUUCACGCUCCCGAGCUUGAAGUGGGGGAGUCAGCGGCAUCUCACGUGCACGAAGAUCGAAUCCGUGAGCAGCGGCGGUUCCGGCGAUCACCGACUCCGACGCCGAUCUCCGCCUUUGAGAUUCUCUGAUUCCUCCGUCGCGAUCCCCGCCUCCGGCGAGGCUGAACAUCGGAGCAGGAGCAGCAACAGAAACCAGCAUCGCCGGUUGAGGACCGCACCGUUGAAAUCUACGGAUGACGGCGGCGUGGAGGAGGAAGAAGGGAUCGAGGAGUUCAGGGUGAAGAUCAUGUCGGAUCUGAAGACGGUGAGAGAUAAGAUCACUCAAUCGAUGUAUGCUCUCGGGGAGCAAGACGAAGAACAACAACGGAGAACCGAUGGCUCCGGUCAGGAGGAGAAAGAGGUUUCUCCGGUGAAGCCGUGGAAUCUGAGGAAACGAAGAGCGGCGUGCAAGGAACCAGCUGAGGAGAGGAUAGUGAAUCCAUCGCCGCCGCCGUCGAGAAACGAUCCGACGAGGGUUGUGAAAGAGAGAGGCGGAGCGGUGGAAGCCGGGACGACGGCGAAGGAGAUGACGGUGCGGCCCAAGUUCUCCGUGAAGCUUUCGAAGAAGGAAAUCGAGGAGGAUUUCAUGGCGGUUGUGGGUCACCGACCACCGCGCCGGCCGAAGAAGCGGCCAAGGACCGUUCAGAAGAAACUCGAUAGCUUGCAUCCUGCGUUUUAUCUGACUGAAGUGACGCUUGAUGAUUAUAAGGUAGAAGAAACCAAGAGAUGAUGAUGAUUGUGUAACUCAGUUGCCGUUGAAGUUUCAAAGAGUUGUCAAAUAUUUGAAAGUCGGUCAAGUCUUGAAGCUCCUUCGUUUGCUCAGUGAUUCUUAUUUCCUGUCAAGUUGUUCUGAAUAAACUGUACAAAAAAAAACUAUGGAGAACGUGUAGGUUCCUGUUGAUUAAUACAUGAGUUUCAUUUCACAA